UCCGCCGCCGCCGCCGCCGCCGCCGCCACGGGACCGGGCUGAGUUGCUGUUUGUUCCGAGCCGCUACCCUCGCCGUUGCGAUGCCGCUGGAGAACCUGGAAGAGGAGGGUCUGCCCAAGAAUCCGGACCUACGCAUCGCGCAGCUGCGCUUCCUGCUCAGCCUGCCGGAGCACCGCGGGGACGCGGCCGUGCGCGACGAGCUGAUGGCAGCCGUCCGCGAUAACAACAUGGCUCCUUAUUACGAAGCCUUGUGCAAAUCCCUUGAGUGGCAGAUGGACGUGGACCUGCUCAGUAAAAUGAAGAAGGCAAAUGAAGACGAGUUGAAACGUCUGGACGAGGAGCUGGAAGAUGCGGAGAAGAAUCUGGGAGAGAGCGAAAUCCGAGACGCGAUGAUGGCAAAGGCCGAGUACCUCUGCCGGAUAGGUGACAAGGAAGGUGCUCUGACAGCCUUUCGCAAGACAUAUGACAAAACCGUGGCCCUGGGUCACCGACUGGAUAUUGUGUUCUAUCUCCUUAGAAUUGGCUUAUUUUACAUGGAUAAUGACCUCAUCACACGGAACACAGAAAAGGCCAAAAGCUUGAUAGAGGAAGGAGGAGACUGGGACCGGAGAAACCGCCUAAAAGUAUAUCAGGGUCUUUAUUGUGUGGCUAUUCGUGAUUUCAAACAGGCAGCUGAACUCUUCCUUGACACUGUUUCAACGUUUACAUCCUAUGAACUCAUGGAUUAUAAAACCUUUGUGACUUACACUGUCUAUGUCAGCAUGAUUGCUUUAGAAAGACCAGAUCUCAGGGAAAAGGUAAUUAAAGGAGCAGAGAUUCUGGAAGUGUUACACAGUCUUCCGGCAGUUCGGCAGUAUCUGUUUUCACUCUAUGAAUGCCGUUACUCAGUUUUCUUCCAGUCAUUAGCUGUUGUGGAACAGGAAAUGAAAAAGGACUGGCUUUUUGCUCCUCAUUAUCGAUACUACGUGAGAGAGAUGCGGAUUCACGCAUACAGCCAGCUGCUCGAGUCAUACAGGUCAUUAACCCUGGGCUAUAUGGCAGAAGCCUUUGGUGUUGGUGUGGAGUUCAUUGAUCAGGAACUCUCCAGAUUUAUUGCUGCUGGGAGGCUACACUGCAAAAUAGAUAAAGUGAAUGAAAUAGUGGAAACGAACAGACCUGAUAGCAAGAACUGGCAGUACCAAGAAACUAUCAAGAAAGGAGACCUGCUAUUAAACAGAGUUCAAAAACUAUCCAGAGUAAUUAAUAUGUAAGGAAAAAAAAACCCUCAUACACCAAGGAUUUCCUGUAGAGGUGCUUACUUUACUUUGUGCCCAGUUGAACUGUAUAAAAUAAAUACUGCAUGGUUUCUUUCA